GCAAUCCGUAGAGUGUAAACGAGGCUAUGCUUCAAAACCAACAUGGCGGAAGCAGAACCUGAAGACGACAAAUCAAGAAGAAAGAAAAGAGGCAUCUUGAAGUUAUACUAUGGUAUUUCUGACCAGUCAACCCCUGGUGAAGAUCAGGAUCCACAUGACAUCAAUGGAGCUCAUUUCCAGUAUCAAUCUUACCUUGAAAAGCUUUUUAAAGAGAAAGCGCUACCUGAACUAAUGGACAAAGAAACAGAAAUUGUUAAACAAAUCAAAAGCUUGGAUAGUGACAUGCAAACUUUGGUUUAUGAAAAUUACAACAAAUUUAUAAGUGCUACAGAUACCAUUAAAAAGAUGAAGAAUGAUUUUCAUAAAAUGGAAGAUGAAAUGAGGAAGCUGGACAGCACUCUGUCUAAAGUUAUGGAAUUUAGCGAUGAUGUCAGUAGUGCAUUUCAAGAAAAACGGGAACAGAUUUCCAAGCUAUCAGGAAUCCACAUAUUGUUGCAAAAGUUACAAUUUUUGUUUGAACUUCCAUCACGGCUCAACAAAUGCAUGGAUAUGGGACAAUACUCAAUUGCAGUAAGAUAUUACAUCAAAGCCAGAGAUGUGCUGCAUCGAUACAAAGACAUGCCUUCUUUCAAGGGAAUACAUUCAGACUGUGAAGCUAUUGUUGUUGAACUGACAAAAAAAUUAAAAGAGCAACUGAGGAACCCAAAGUCAACAACCCGUCAGCUCACAGAAUCAGUAAAUCUGCUUUUAAGACUCAAUGAGCCUGCAGCAGCACUUUGUGAAGAAUUUCUCAGCUUGGCAAAAGAUAAAGUGGAAUGUAGUAUUGACUCUUUACAAAAGCAAGUUACCUUCAGGGAAAACGAAGUACGCGGAAUUGAAAGUGAAGAAGAUUCUCAAGGUACAGGGGCAACAGACAUUCUGGAUUUUAUCGACCAAGGCUGUAACGGAUUCCUGAGUGAUAUAACCCUGGUCAUUGCUUCGUAUAAUGAAUUAUUUUUCAUCAGACAAUCAAAAGAUAAUAGUGAGCAGCAAAACAUAACAGACGUAGCGAAGGAAAAAUUGAACAUUUUCAUAAUGGGGCACAUGAAUCAGUAUUUUAAGCUGAUCAAAAGAAGAAUAGAGUUAGAGGUGCAAACUGAAGAUAGCAUGAUACUGGUGCGAGCUCUUGACAAAUUUAACCGCAAAAUAGAGACCAUACAUCAACUUCUGCCAGACCAAGGGAUAGGACGAACCAGCGCUAAUAUCGUAGCCUUGGCUGCUCACAACAGAGUGAAGCAAUAUUCAGAUUACCUCAGCGAGAAGUUGGCAGGUAUUAUAACAGACAUGCGCCAGGCUUUGGUGAGUUCGAGGGUUGUUGGCCUGGAUAAAAAGCAGACCCUGGCAGAUAUAAUGGCAACAGCAUUAGCAGAUUUGGUUGACCAGAUGAAGUCUGUUUUGCAGAAUUUGAAGGCUUUCAUUCAUAUGGACAUAACCUUUUCUUCAAAACCUUACUUCCGUGGACCAUUUUGCAUCGACGACGUCAGGGAAAGCCUCGUUGUCUCCUUUCUGAGAACAGUUUUGGAAAAAGCAAAGAAUUUCGGAUGUGAGCAGUCAGGAAGUAUGCCUGUUCCACAAUCACUUUUGAUCAUCAUGUCAAGAUUGUGUUUAGAUUUAUCAGAGAAAACGAUUAGACAUUUAAUAACGGUUACUGAAGAAUGGUUUCCUGUUGACGAAGACAUCAAACAGGGCUGUGUAGUUACUUCGAUUGCUGGUUUAUGUGAAGAUUUCAAAAACACAUCCCAGGAGCUGUUAAACUUUUACGUCAAAGCCCAAGGUGUUUCAGUAUCACAGAUGAUAAGGAAAAGCGUCGAAACUCGUGACUGGCUUAAUACCAUUGAGCCUCGUACUGUGCGGGCUGUGAUGAAGAGGGUCGUUGAAGACAUUUCUACGAUGGACUCACAGGUUGGGAAUUUGUUUGAAGAGGGCACCAGGAAAGCACAUAGCUCAGAUUCAAGCAAAUGGACGCAAGGGAUGAACCGUGCUGCUGCCAAGCAACAGUUAGGUUACAACUCAGGUAUGAGUGUGGAUGCAAGUUUAAUGAGUAACAUACAGAAACUAUUUUCAGAGAAAAUUGAAAUUUUCACUUCUGUGGAAUUCAACAAAGUCUCUGUUUUAACUGGCAUUAUAAAGAUCGCUCUGAAAACAUUGCUGGAGUGCGUACGACUUCGAACAUUUAGCAAAUACGGCCUACAACAAAUCCAGGUCGACACUCAUUACCUGCAGUUGUAUCUUUGGAGGUUUGUCACUGACGAAAACUUAGCUCAUUUCAUGUUGGAUGAAGUCGUUAACAGCACCAUCCACAGAUGCUUAGAACCAGAACUCAUGGAACCAAGUGUCAUAGAAAUAAUUUGCGAGAGAAACUGAAGAGGAGUUGCUGAAAAUUUUCAACUUAAAAAACAUCAUAAGAAGCGAUCAUAGGGAUUUGAUAUUCUUUUUAGAUUUAAUAAGGAUUUAAAUGUUUUUAGUUAUAGUCUGAAGAAUCUUUGUGUCAAUUUCGAUAUUAUGUAAAUUUGUCUAACAAUUA